GCAACUUUAGACAUCGUAUUUUCUUUUUUUUUUCCCCAUCUUUUAACUUCGUCUUGCUUAUUUUUCUUUCCCUAAGACGUUACCGAGCGAGCCGGCGGAAAUUACACUACCAGGGUCUUGGACACAUCAGCUCGGCGACUCCAUCAUAUUUUGCUACGCUCGUGAUUCCCGACUACGACACGAUCAACGAGGCAUCAAAUCAAUGCAUCACGAUCAUGUAAGUGGUCAGCAAUGGAGGGCCGUCCCGUCCAACGGCAUUCGCUCGCCUAUCAACCCUCAUUACUUGGCACAUAACGGCGCAGAGGCCCGUUUAAGUCUCCGCCAGGACAAUGAUUGGUCAACUCUGCAAUAUUUGGCUGUAGCACAGCGUAGAUCGAUGCUAUUUUAGGUACUUUUAUACGUUUUGGGCACUCAUGCUUCUAGAGACAAGCUGAAUGAGCCUCAUUACUUAUAAAAUAUAGAAAGUGUUUCAGUAUCGUGGCUUAAGGAGUCUUGUGGUUUAGCGGCUUUGGAUUUUCUUUUACGUUGUGGUUUUAUGUUUUGAUAUCGUAUGAUUGUCUGCGCUUAGUUGGGCCGGAAAAACGGAGCAGCUCACGAUAUGGCAUCAUUCUUUGGCGCACUACUGCGACUACUCUUCAAGAGGAGGCAGCAAGAAGGUCAUAUAGAUGAGGAGCAGGGAGCACAAAAUGCCGCCUCCGCGGCAGGUGUCGGCUCAACUCCUAUAGCCUCGACGUUGGGGACCAACUCAAAUAUUCUCCCUCACACUCAUCAAAGCUACCUUGUACCCGAGGACAACCGUCUUACCCUCUUCCGCCUUAUGGUGGGCAUUAGUACUUCGCCGUAUCUCGGCUACAGCGAAUCGAGCCCCGUGGGAACCCGCCCGGCCGCCAAUAUCGGCAUAUACGCGCGCGUCGUACACUCAGAACAGAAGUCUAAGGACCGUUACAAAGUAUUUUCAAUCCUUAUCAACGCGUGUUACUUCUUCCAGAUUGUGGUGGCAGCAUCGAUCACGGCUAUGGGCGCAGCAGGAGUUAGCCACGGGGCGGUCACGGCCUUCGGCGCCAUCAACACAAUCAUCGCUGGACUCUUGACAUUCCUAAGGGGCAGCGGACUGCCGGGACGUCUCAAAUACUAUGGGAACGAAUGGAAAAAGAUACGCGAAUUUAUCGAACAGCGCGAGCGUGACUUCUCCCGCACGGGCUGUACGCUUGACGUUUACGAAGUUGUCGCAGCCAUAGACCGAAUGUAUAAUCACACCAAGCAAGAAAUCGAGAUGAAUACACCGGAUAGUUACACAUCGGUGACAAGGAAUGUGCGAAAUUUCAGAGACAGUAGCGAUAAUAUUGUGGAUAUCGCGAAGAUGGACGGUUUAGCGCACAAACUGGCAGCGAAUUUGGAGAGCAAGGCGCAGGAUGUUACGAGUCACGUUCGCGAUCAAGGAAGGCAGAUGCAAGAGGCUGCCAGUAGGGAAGUCGAGAGCCAUGCGGCGUAUCUAGAUCGCGAGGUGGCGGAGCGGCGCGCACAGGCAGUUCGAGCAGUCGAUGAAAGCCAACGUGAGAUAUCGAACCAGAGGGAUCGGAUAGAACAGGCUGGAGCACAAGUCGUGAGGGACGUGGACGAGACGCAGAGGACGGCGGUAGGCGAAAUGAGAGCAGCGGCAUCUGCUCAGAUGCAGAGAGUUGCCGACAAAAUAGGCCACCAUCAUGAUUCAAGACACGAAGAAGAUGAGAAGUAAUGCGGGUCGAGGGAAAUGAAUAGCUAAGAUAUUUUAAUGCUCUGAAAUAUCCCGUACUUUAGAUUGUACAUAUUAUCGAAACAAGUCUGCAUAACAUUGUAACUAACGCAAUACAAUUCUCACCGAUGAUAAUAGGUACCUAAAUGAUGCCCUCCACGCCCCCAUAUAUCGACCCGCACGUACAUAUCUCUCAGCCCAAUCUCCUAGAUAUAUCCCGAGUAAGUGAACUUGGCAAAGACACGGUUGGGGUUUUCACGUAUUCUUUAAGCAUUACACAAGGUUGGCAUUAUCUGUGCGGUACAUCGCUUAGAUACUUAGAGUUAUAUCUCAGGUAAAAGGAG